AUGGGACCUCCAAACAUGUAUGAAGAUCAGGACAUCGAUCUAGAUGAGGAGGCAAAAUACUUGGGCAACCAAGCAGGUUUCCGGAAUUAUAACUCGAAAAACCAAGGUUACAAUUCUGGAAAUGCAGGUAAUAGAGACCAGGCAAGUGGUAGUUCCAGCGGGUCUAAGCUGGAAGACAUAUUGGCCAAGCUGCUUCAAAAAGUUGAGUCAACUGAUGUAGGGGUAAACGAGAUGAAAGGUGAUUUCUCCAGUAUGAGUCAACUGGUAGACUCUCACACCAUCUCCAUCAAGCAAAUAAAGCAACAGUUGGGGCAGCUUUCAGCAUCACUAAACCAAAGAGAGAAUGGGUCACUGCCUAGUACUGAGAAUGAACAGGUGGUGGAGCAAACUAGAAGAGAGGAGGCCAAAGCUGAACAAGUAGAUGACUCGGAGGACGUUCAGCCAAUAGCAAAACAAGCAGGAGCAAUGGAGAAAGAGGUCGAGAGAACUAUGCCUUUACAACAGAUCCCAAGACCACCACCUUCUUUCCCUCAAAGGCUUAAAAAGAAAGCCGAAGAUGGGAAAUUUGUGAAGUUCAUCACCAUCCUGAGACAACUGUCAAUGAACAUACCAUUGGUGGAAACCCUAGAGCAGAUGCCAGGAUAUGCCAAGUUCAUGAAGGACUUGGUCAUGAAGAAAAGAGCUGUAAGUAUUGAUUUUACUGACAAUGUUCAUCACUGCAGUGCUAUUGCUACUAGGUCUCUGGUACAAAAGAAGGAGGAUCCGGGUGCAUUCACCAUACCGUGCACAAUCGGAUCAAUCAAAUUCGCAAAGGCCUUGUGUGACUUAGAGGCUAGUAUAAACUUGAUGCCGCUGGCCAUCUACAUGCAACUAGGGUUAGGAGUUCCAAAACUCACAUCAAUAAGGUUGAUGAUGGCAGAUAGGUCAAUGAAGCGACCUGUGGGCAUCUUAUGUGAUGUGCUCAUAAAGGUGGAUACUUUCAUCUUUUUGGCAUACUUCGUGAUCUUGGAUUACGAAGUCGAUUUUGAGGUUCCCAUAAUCUUGGGAAGACCAUUUCUAGCCACAGGAUAA